AUAGCGCACAGGUGCGCACAAUAGGCUACUUCAUCAGUAAGCAGAUGGCGCGAGGUCUCAUCGUCUCUUCGCAGAACAAGACGACUUCGCACUUGCUGCUAACCUCCAUUUCUAGGGUUUCUACAACAGGGAAAUUAGGGAAGAACGCAUUCGCGCCAAAUCAUUUGCAGUCCUCUGCAUCCAUUCCCUCCUCUCGCUUGCUUUGCAGUUACCCCAAUGACCCCAUCGAUAUGUCCAAGUACAGAGAGACUUUCUCUAAGAGAAUGGCCAUGGCCGGACUCAAACCCCAUCACCGUAUCGCUCUUGGAGUAUCUGGUGGUCCCGACAGUAUAGCGUUGUGUGUAUUGGCUGCUGGUUGGAAAACCAAUUGCCUUAAUGCUCCCGGAGGCGAGAACAGUAUCUUCAUUGAUGGGCUUUUGGCAAUAAUAGUUGAUCAUGGACUGCGCGCUGAGAGCAAAGAUGAGGCCAAUGAAGUGUCCACUCGAGUUUUAAAUAUGGGAAUCAGAUGUGAGAUUGGUCAUUGUGAAUGGUCGGAUGGUAGGCCAAAGCGGGGUCACUUGCAGGAAGCUGCUCGUGAUAUGAGAUAUCAGAUUUUCCAUAAUGUUUGCAUUCAGCACCAAAUUGGCGUGUUACUAAUUGCACAUCAUGCAGAUGAUCAGGCGGAGUUAUUCAUUCUCAGACUCUCUCGAAACAGUGGCGUGCUUGGACUUGCUGGCAUGGCAUUUGUUUCUCAGUUAUUUUCUAAAUAUCCAAAUUUUAAUGGUGAAGCGUCAAAUGACCAUGGUAUUUUAUUGGUGCGACCACUCCUGGAGUUCUCAAAAGAUGAUUUGUACAAGAUAUGUCAAGGGGGUAAUCAGGAAUGGGUGGAAGAUCCUACAAAUCAAAGUCCAUCUUUUGCUCGUAAUAGGAUCCGAAUGUCGUUGAAGAAUUUGUCAUCACUUUCCUUGAAUUCUGAAUUACAAGCAGUUAUUUCUGCAUGUCGAAGAACACGUUCGUACAUUGAAAGAGUUUGUUAUAACUUGAUAAAUGAGGCUGUCAACAUCAUGGAUCAAGGAUAUGCCGUUGUUGAUUUAAAGAUUCUUAAUCCAUCAAAAGUUGAGGAUUUAUGCUUGUCAAAGUUUGUUACCUCAGUGUUGCAGUUCAUCUCACACGGGCGCAGACCAGUUCGGGGUAGCGCAUCAAAAUUGCUGUUGAACUACCUUCAUACUUUCCCAUGCAAGACUUCCCUUACUGCAGCUGGUUGUUACCUUUGUCCAGCUCCUGGUUCUAAAGGCACCAAAGUCCUGGUUUGUUGCUCCAUUGAUUCUUCUUUGCCUUUGAAGAUGGAGUUGUUUCAUGAACACUCUUAUGAAGUACAGAAGCGGUUCAAUCCAACUGAGGUGGAGCAAAUUAUAGCGCAUGAAAAAUCAUACUCGGAUUGCUUGGUUCCAGAUGCCUCAGAUGUGCAAUUUUUGGAUGUAACAUCUUCUGAAUCUGUGCUACUUGAAGCCAAAAGGAUCAAUAUUCUCAGCGACUCGACCCAUAGGAUCAUUCUUUCUUUGCAGAGAGACGAAAUCGAACAUUUCAGGUCCAAAACUGAAGUCAAGUCUGACUAUAAGUUAAAGAAUGAAGUAGAAGCUACCAGGACUUCACUGAGCAAAGCAGUACUUCCGCCUGGGCACAUUGGUUACUUUAUGAACAGAUUCUUAGUCAUGUGGAAACUGAGGGAGAAUAUUAUAAAUGAUACUUCCUCCCUGAAUGAGGCUAAUUUUGACCAGGACUUGGGAGCAGAAAGUCCGAAUUUCUGUUGCAGGUCUUGUCCAGUUAGUCAUGACAUGGUAGCUGAGGUGCGCUACAUGAUUGAUGCUGAUUGGCUGUAUCUUUCCAAGUUGUCAAAAUGUCAGAAUGUGGAAAGUACUCAAGAGCAAGGAGUUCUCUUGGCUGAGAAGAUGGAGCAAGCAACAGAAAAGUUAAAUGCAUGUUCAGAUUAUGUGAAGUUAUCAGCGCAAGGAGCUCUCGAUUCAUUGAAGUCUAUCCCAGUUGCUGCAAGAAGAGGCCUACCUGUCUUAGUCAAUCCUCAAGGACUUUUACUAAGUAUCCCGAGCAUUUGCUUCAACCAUUGCCCCUGUUUGAUGGCAUCUGCUGUAUUCAAGGCAAGAGUACCUCUUGUUGGUGGUCAUAGUUGGUUUAUCUAAUCUUGGUUGAAUGAAUCCCGUUGCUACAUAAGCCAAGAGUGCAUUGGCGAAAGGUCCAGUGGGGCUUGUGUAAUUUUUGACUUUGUAUCUGAGUAACCAGUCACAUUCAAAAAAAUACUCCUGUUCAUUUUUUGAUCUCUACUGCAGUUGUAACAUCUCCUACAUAUAUGUUUAUUCUAUUUUUCUUC